AUGGCCGAACUACAGAAAGGCAAGAUGGCAGAUCUUGAUCAAGAGAACCCAGAACAGAUGGCAUCUAUCGACAAGGAAGAAGGUUAUGUCAAGGUGGUGACAGAGAGAAGCCAGGAGAACAAAGACAUCCUGCGAAAGAUCGAUUACAGGAUGCUACCGUUGCUCAUAUUCAGCUACAUGCUGCAGUUUAUGGACAAGGUGUCCUUGUCAAACGCGAUGAUCUUGGGCGUUGAGGAAGACCUAGGUCUGCAUGGAACCCAAUUUUCAUGGUUGAGUAGCAUAUUUUACUUUGGAUACCUGGCAGCCAGCUAUCCCGUUUCCAUCCUACUAGUCCGAUUUCCCCUUGGCAAGACACUUUCAAUUGCAGUAGUCAUCUGGGGUAUUAUUCUUGCGUGCCAUUCCGCCGGAGUAAGUUUCAGUCGUAUGAUGGUGUUGCGGACUCUCCUCGGAGUUUUUGAGAGCCCCAUCAGCCCUGGAUUCACGCUGAUUACCAGCAUUUGGUAUAAACCCUCCCAGCAUGCAGCUAGGCAUGGUCUUUGGUUUGCAGGGAAUGCGAUGGGCGCCAUGACCGGGGCACUGGUGGCCUAUGGCUGUGCCUAUAUUGGGUAUGAGAAGAUUGCCCGUUGGCAGGUACUUUUCCUCAUACUGGGUUGCCUGACCAUCGUAUGGGGCAUAUUCCUUAUCUACUUCCUCCCGGAUUCUCCACUGCAAGCAAGAUUCCUUGCCCCCGCCAAGCGGGCUGAGGUGCACGAGCAGAUCCAGUCUCGGCAAAAGACUGCCAAGACUGGUACCUGGUCGUGGCCGCAAUCUGGGAGGCUUUACGGGACCCUAAGUCUUGGUUCCUUUUCGCGAUUGAAAGCACUGUUUACCUCCUUGAUUCUCUCUAGCUUCGGAUACAGCACAGAGAACACGCUGUUGCUCAAUAUGCCGAUCUACUUCUUCAUGAUGGUUGUAAUACUGGUCUCGGUCUGGCUAGCGCAUAGGAUACGUCGAUCGCGAAUUAUCCUGUGCAUAGCUGGAAAUGUGAUCGCGCUCAUAGCCACAGCCGUCCUCAUAAAGCUACCCGCCGACAGCAAGGGGGCCAGGUACGCCUGUCUGUUGUUAUCAUGUGCUUCGAUGAACGGUUUCCCACUUUAUCUCAGCCUUAUUUCCAGCAAUAUUGGUGGUUUCACGAAACGGGCAACUGUCAACGCUAUUUUCUUUGUGGGUUAUUGUGCUGGCAAUAUCGCCGGUCCUCAACUGUAUGUCAAGUCUGAGGCGCCAACAUACAAGACUGCCUUUACGGGAAUGCUAGUUGUCUACUGUGUUGACGUGGUCCUCCUUAUUCUGUUCCGUGUCUAUCUUCAGCAGGCUAACGCCAAACGUGAUCGAGAGCAAGGUGUCCAUAUCGAGCCCGAGCCUCGCGAUGGCGAUGUCGCCAUAGAGGUGAGAGGAGUAGAAGACGAAUCUACUCAGGGGACAGAACCCCUCGAAUCAAACAGAUGGGGAGAACAGGAGCUUCCGGUACUAUCUCUGAGCAUGUUAUACAUUCUUCACUUGCGCCACAAAUGUGAAACAUCUUAG